AUGGCUCCCUCAACGCAUUUCACGCUCAACACAGGCGCAAAGAUUCCCGCUGUCGGUCUCGGAACCUGGCAGUCUAAGCCCGGUGAGGUUCGCAAGGCUGUCGCUUACGCCCUCAAGGAUGGGUACCGUCAUAUUGACGCGGCUCUUAUCUACGGAAACGAGACUGAAGUCGGCCUGGGCAUUAAGGACAGCAGAGUCCCUCGUGAAGAGAUCUUCCUGACCAGCAAGCUCUGGAACACCCACCACCCCAACGUCGCCGAGGGACUACAGAAGACUCUCGAUGCUCUGGAUGUGGAAUACCUUGAUCUCUACCUAAUCCACUGGCCUGUUCGCCUGGUUCCUAACGAGUCAAGCGAACUUCUCCCCGUAAACCCCGAUGGCACCCGAUCCGUCGACCGAUCUUGGGACCAGAGCGAGACCUGGCGACAAAUGGAGGAAGUCUACAAGUCUGGCAAGGUCAAGGCCAUUGGUGUCGCCAAUUGGUCCAUUCCUUACCUCGAGGAGCUUCGCAAGAAGUGGACAGUUGUUCCCGCUAUUAACCAGGUCGAGCUACAUCCCUUCCUUCCUCAGCACCAAUUGAAGGUGUACUGCGAGAAGCAGGGUAUUCUCCUCGAGGCUUACUCACCUCUUGGCUCAACUGGUGCUCCCAUCAUGUCCGAUCCCGAGAUUCAGAAGAUUGCUGACAAGAACAAUGUCUCAGCUGCUACAAUCCUCAUCAGCUACCACGUUAAUAAGGGCACUGUGGUCCUGCCCAAGUCCGUAACUGAGAAGCGCAUCUCCUCUAACAAGGAAGUUAUCUCGCUCUCUCAAAAGGACAUGUCAGUCCUUGACAGCUUGGCUGCCAAUGGUAAGGCGAAGCGUAUCAACACUCCUCUAUGGGGCUUUGAUCUCGGAUUUGACGAUUGGUAUGGCCCUAAGUCGGAGUAA